GCCCUUUCUCUUUCACUUUCCACAAGGCACUCUUCCACUCUUACACUUCACAUUUAUCUAAAAAUCUCAACAUUUAAAUUUUGUCAAUCAUUUCAAUUGCGAUAUACUUUUUUCUGAUUCUCAAGCAAGCGAGAUAUUUUGGACCUCAGAGAAGGGAAAUUGUUUGCGGUAAAUCUUACCAUUGUUAUUGCAACAUGAGCUUUCUUGUCACAGGCUUAGAAUCUGGUUUCGAUGGCGCAAGCUCCGAAUCUGCAUCGUGAGCAAUCAACCACACCUUUAGUUGUCAAGCAACCUGGACUGGAGAUGUCCACAGUUCAAAGUGAACUAGAUUUGUCAUAUAGGCAACCCUAUCAAGGCAUAACCAUUCCAGAGGCUUAUGAGCGUCUAAUUCUUGACACAAUUAAAGGUGAUCAGCAACAUUUUGUUCGAAGAGAUGAGUUGAAGGCAUCUUGGGAGAUCUUCACCCCACUUUUGCAUCACAUUGAUAAAAGGGAGUUCAAGCCAAUCCCUUACAAACCUGGAAGCAGAGGUCCUGCAGAAGCUGAUGCAUUGCUAGAAAAAGCUGGAGCUGCGGCGUAUAAAGCCAGUUUCGACCACAAUGUGGCUUCUUGGUGUCAUCCUCGAGCUCCAAACCUUUGAUAUUUUAACCUGCGUCAAAGAUUCUCACUAUGGUUACUUGGAAGAUAGGCGUCCGGGCAUCCAUAUGUGGUGACAUCAUUACUGGCAGAGACUAUACUAUUAUGGGAACCAACUCUAGAGGCUGAAGCUCUUGCAGCUCAGAAGAUAGUAUUAGGAUGGAGUCAAUAGUUUGUGUAGAGCUGAAAAGCCCUUUCACUUUCCUUUUAGAUUAUCUGUAUUCUAAAGAUCUUCUUUGGACGAAAGAGGUUGCCAUUGGUUCUCAGAUGAAAAACAAUAAUAACUAAUCUUUUACAAGAAUCUAAUUUUGGUUUGGUUUUGU